GACGAUGAUUUUGAGGUGGAUGUGAAGCAGCUGGAUGAAAAGAAACAGAUAAUCUUGGAAGACGAGCUGGACGAUAAACCCGAGGCAAUUCACUUAUCAGACUUGGCAUCUUUAAUAAGUGUUGUGAAAUUACAUUUUAAAACAGUCGAGCCAGUAUUGCCAGGAAUGGUUUUUAAAUUAUUUUGA